GCCCACAGUAUCAUAUAUAUACAAGACACGUUUACAGUCUUCCCCCGUCAUCUCUCCUUAUCGAUGGCACCUGCGAGGGAAAAAGUCAAACGCCCUUCAGCUGCUCAAAAGGGCAAAGAAACUGUCGUCCAAAAAUCAUGGAUCACGGACAUGCCUUUGGAUGUCUUAUUUGAGAUUUUCAAAUACGUGGAACCUUUAACAUUGUCGAAUCUCACAAGGACUUCAAAAGGCUUUCGUGCACUCCUGCUGAAUCGCUCCAAAGCAUGUCGCGUCUGGCAAGACGUUCUCGCAGGAGUUGAAGGUCUGCCACCAGCCUCUCAAUAUUAUCUCAGUGAGCCCGCAUACGCUCAUUUGAUAUAUGUACCAAUAUGUCAUGGAUGUUAUGAAACCCAGUGCGACUCCGUCAUUUGGAGCUUUCGUGCGCGCAUCUGUGCAAAAUGCAUUCCAUCAAUGUGUUGCGACAUCGCAUCGUUUAACAGUCUUGUCUCUAGUUCUCUCAGGAAACAUGUCGAAAGAUCUCAAUCUCAAUAUGUGCUCCUUCCAUACAGCCCAAUUCGGAGAUUAGGUGAUGCACCUCGUUGCUACCUCCAUGAUGUCAGGCAACUCCAAGAACAGUUCAAUGCUUUACCCAAAAAAAAAGGCGAACUAGUCGGUGACUUCUUUCGUCAACGCAUCUUCCUUACCUCAACAAUCGGUAAUCACGCACGACUGUGUGCGUACUGGGAGGAAAGACUAACACGGAUCCGUGAAAGUGAAAUCAGAAGGCUCAUUUACAAGAGACGGGUUGAGUUGACAAAAACUGGAUGGGGCGGAGAACUGUCCUAUAUUAAGGGAGACUAUGGUAGCGAAUUUACAUUUUCUUUACUUCCUGAGGUCAAUAAAGCUGAAAAGCUCGAUAAUAGGAAAUGGCGAAAUAUCCAUCCAAAAUUGUUCGAUUACAUGAUGAAACAUAGCUUGUCCCGUAUGAAAGAGCCUCAAGAAUCAGCUUUGCGAGCGCGUUUUAUAAAGCUAGAUACGCUCAUCAAAGAUGCUCCGAGGGACAUUGAGCUUGAUUUCUAUCCACGUUUAAUAGACAUUUGCCAAUUCCCCAAAGUCCAACAAUUACUGGAUGUGGGGUACAGGGUCGAGGUGGAUUGCGAACACCUGCAGAAAGAACUCAAGUUGAUUCUGCCCGGUCUCAUGGAAGAGUGGCAUGAGGAUGUCAUGGAAGAAUUCGAAGAUCACCUGCGCUCCAAUUUCAAAGCUCUCAAAGCUCGUAAAGACAUCAACGUUCGUGAACUAGCCGCAUUGACGUUCACUUGCGAACAAUGCUGGACUACUCUGCAGUAUCCCAUGGUCCUCGGUCACAGCUGCCUGUAUCAGAUCUAUAGUGCGUCGCCCACCAUGCCGAACCAAGACUGCGGAGCUGUCGGGGAGACUUUGUAUGCGGAAAUUGCCAAAGAGAAGUGUGAAUCUUUUCCUUGGUCCUGCAAGAUGAUACGACCUACCAAGUGGAAUGAUCGAGUACAGAACUUAUUUGAAGUAUGCGGUCAAGAUCCUAGAAGGGCCAGUUUGGAAGAUCUGGAUAAACAAGAUGCAAGGGUUUUCUGCAAUAUGUGCCGCCGCCGUCGAGGGCGAUUAGUGAUGACUUGGCGAGCUGCAUUUAACCACUGUCAUUCGCAUCAUAAGAGAGCUGAGCCUUCAUCGGUGACAUGGUCGCUUGUGACAGGCGAAGAAGAAAAACAAGCAAGAGAACUAGAGGAAUCCUGUAUGGAUAAGGCCAUACUGAAAUAUGAAAAAGAACCGCAUUGGACUUGCCUCGGUUGUCCAUACGUAGCUUCGAAGGGAGACGUGAUUGCUCAUAACUUCGCUGACAGACACGAAAUUUCUCCUGGGGACGUUGUGGAAGGCAAGGAUUACCACCGAAUGAUAGGCUCGCCACCAUUCGCAAUCAAACCAGUGGUGGUCUACCCCAAAAGGAUCAGCAACAGGGGAGAAUAAUCCGCGCCCAAUACUAUUAGAGGUCACUGGAGGAGGGGUAAGCGGAUUAUGCGCGGACCGUUUGAACUCGAUUAGUCUCCUCUGAGCAGACUGAUCGCGGAGUGAGAAUCGUGUCGUUAAGGAAGAUCCUGACCGUCGGUACUAUCGUUGGUGUCGUGCUGUAUCUCUAGCAACAUUCAGUGGUAGCCUCUGCCUCGAUCCGAGAAUACUUCAAGCCGUGUAAUCACAACUGAAUUUCAUGAUGAA